CAUGUCAUGUAACCCCUCAAGCCUCGUCAACAAAGACAAACAUACAUAAAGAUACCACCGACCCCGCACGCGUGAGUGUAUUUUAUUUCUUUGUGCUGAGAAACAAAACAUAACGUAAAGAUGACGGCUCAAAUUGAGGCUGAACCUGCGUUGGAUUUGGGGGAUGAUACUGAGAGUAACUUUAGCGCUGAUAGUGAAACUGAGUCAACUGCGUCGAUUACUUCGAGUAUUUUUGAGAACAAGUAUUUUCAGGGAAGGACUUAUGCCAAUCCUAAAUAUGGAAAGCACUGGGCUCCCAAUGACGAAGAACAACUCGAAGCACUCGACCUCAUCCAUCAUUGGUUGACAUUGAUGCUUGAUGACAAGCUCUUUCUCCCUCCCAUCGGUGACAAUCCCCAAAAAAUCCUCGACAUUGGUACAGGAACCGGUAUCUGGGCCAUAAACGUGGCGGGUGAAUACCCAUCAGCCAAAGUUAUUGCUACAGACAUCACUCCGACCCAACCAAGCUUCGUCCCCCCAAACGUUGAGUUCCAGAUUGAUGAUGCUCAACUCGAAUGGACUUUUGAGCCCGAGUCCUUCGACUUUAUCCACAUUCGAUAUCUUCAGGGAGCUAUCGGUGAUUGGGACAGGCUGUACAGUCAGAUGUACAAGGCUCUCAAGCCAGGUGGUUGGUUCCAGCACAUAGAGCCUGAUCUUCAAAUGCUCUCACAGAACCCCGAGAUCAAAGUCGACGACGACCAUAUUUUCACACGCUGGGCAAAGGUCUUCACCCAAGUCGGCCAAACAAUCGGCUGCACAUUCGACUUCUCAAACGGCAAACUCUCAACCCUCGCCAAAGAUGCAGGUUUCGUAUCGGUAACACCCCAAACUCACAGGAUCCCUAUUGGCAGGUGGCCAAGGGAUAAAAAGAAGAAAGAUCUGGGAACUUUUGUGGGAUUAUCGUUUAGUCAAGCCCUUGAUGGUUUCGUCAAGUUGCCGCUCUGCGAGAUUCUCAAGUGGUCUCCCGCGGAAAUGCAGCUCUUUGCGGCGGAGAUGAGAAAGGUCCUUAUGAACCCCAAGACGCAGGCUUUUGGCCAUGUAUUCAGCGUUUAUGGGCAGAAGCCUGAGAGGCCGAAGGAGAGUACCCCUGCAGCGGAGUAGUAUUUCUUAUUGGGAUAUCGAUAUUCCGAGACGGAAGAUAUUUGAAAGACUUACGAAGUUUUAUGUUGUUUCACUGAAAGGCUGAUAUUAUGUCGACAUACUCCUCGAUCUUGUGACAAGCCGCGUAUCGCGAGCUCCUUCUCUGAGCCUGUCUAAGAAGAUAUCCUAUCCAUGCAGUCUUCGCGCGAGAGAGAUAACCCUUUCGACUUUAGCCAUGGUGUAGAGAUAUUCGGAUCAUAAGGCAAUUGCACUACCACCCUGUCCAGCCGGAUUUAAGUUCCAUUUAGACACUGAAACGUCGAACUUGCUCAGUAUCAAGGAACAACUAAAGGAGACAGGCAAUAAAUCGAGAGACGAGUGG